AUGAUACAUAUCCGCUUCGUCGCAACUGCGCUACUCCGCAUAUGUUUUGUAUUUGGUUUGAUAUGGGUAACCAAUGCACAGGGUGCCAGACAGUAUAAAAUCGUUAACAGCUGUCCAAGCACUGUGGCAUUCUACAUUGGCGGAUUAUUCGACAGCAACUUAGCUACAGGAGCUAGUACCACCAAAACUUUGGGUGUCAAUGCUGGCUUCUUUUAUGUCUUCGCAAAUGGAGGAAACGCAAUAGGAACCCGCGCAGGAUUCUACGGAGACAACAACAGCUCAUACUAUUAUAUUGUCAAAGAUUCCGCCGUAUUCAAUACUGGUAUCAGUAUUGCUCCCAAUUAUCAAGAGAGCGGGGGCUUCUGUCCAGUCGCCCGGUGUGAUAAUGUGGAUUGCACGAACGCAUUCCCCCAGCCACCGACGAGGUUUCCGCCAGUAUCAAACACUCCGCCUACACCACCCGUUUAUGCAUGCCCUCAUUCCGAUGUUUCGUUCACCAUAACAUUCUGUCCUUCUGGUGCUUUCCCUACUCCUCCCUCUGCAAAGGCCAUACACCCAUCCGCCAGCAGUACAAAAUGCGUUGAUGUCCGUGCAGCGAACUAUGCAAACGGCACACCCGUCCAAAUAUAUGACUGCAAUGGAACUGGGGCGCAAAAGUUCGUGUUCAAUAAUGAAGCCACCAAGAUUCAGGUAGCGGGGACUAAUUUCUGCCUGGAUGCCGGAACGACACCAGCGAACGGAGUCGGGAUGAAAAUAUGGCAAUGCUACGACGGGCUGCCGGCUCAAAGAUGGUACAAAUCGCCAAACGGUCAAAUCAUCCUCGAAGGAACAGCAUAUUGCCUUGACUUGACGAAUGGUAAUUUGAGCAACUCAAACCAGCUGCAAAUAUGGCAAUGCUACGACGGAAACGGGAAUCAGAUUUGGACGCAAUGA